AACCGAAUUUGUUUAGCAAAUUAAGAUCCACGCCCAGGGAUGCACUUUUUGAAUUGAACUACAUAUAUUUACCUCAUUGUAUUUAUUAGAAAGUUUAUUGUCCUCUCCCCAUAAAUAAAAACAAACUGAAUAAAUUACUGCGCAAAGCUAUUGUUCUCAAUUUGCCAGCCCUGGGUCAAAAUUUCGCCGGUUCAAGCUCAUUAAGGGUAUAAAUAAAACCAGAAAAAUUCGGGUGCCUCAUAAAUGUUUUAAAUUUCGACAACUUCGGACAUUUUUGACUGGAUAACUGGUGUUUUUAACUCUUUCAACGGAUUAAAAUACCCAAAAUGGAUACGGAUAUACAAUAUUCCUUUAGGAGCAAAACAAUUUUCCUAACAGGAGCCACUGGAUUUUUAGGAAAAGUUAUUAUUGAAAAGAUUUUGCGCACCACCGAAGUGAAGCGAAUUUACAUACUGGUCAGACCCAAACGGGGAAUAGAUAUUCAGGAACGGAUUGCUGCUUGGUCCAAGGAUCCGAUUUUUGGGGUGCUACUCCAGUCCAAACCAGAGGCCCUCCAACGAAUCUCUCCCAUAUCUGGAGACUGCCGGGACUUAAACUUGGGUAUUCGCGAGAUUGACAAGAGACUGCUGGCAUCCGAAGUGCAGAUCGUGAUUCAUGGAGCUGCCACGGUGCGGUUUAACGAACCCUUGCACGUGGCUUUAGCCAUUAAUACUCGUGCUACGCGGUCAAUGCUCCACCUGGCCAAGGAGAUGAAGCAACUGGAAGUCUUUUUGUACAUCUCAACAGCUUUCUCCAACUGUAUUCUGCUGCAAGUCGAAGAAAAGUUCUAUCCCGAGCACUUGACCUGCCCCUCGGACCAGGUUCUGGCCAUUAGCGAGAUGGUGACUGAUGAAGUUCUGGAUCAGAUGGAGCCGGCAUUGCUUGGACCAUUCCCCAACACCUACACUUACACAAAGGCCCUGGCUGAGGAUGUUAUCCUGAGGGAAGGAUGCGACCUGCCAGUGUGCAUCUUUAGACCGGCAAUCAUCAUUGCAACUCACAAGGAGCCAGUCUCGGGCUGGAUAGACAACAUGUACGGGCCGAUCGCGAUCUUAUACGGAGUGGCCAAAGGGGUGCUCCGGGUGGCCCUCAUUAAUAAAGAUGCCCAGGCGAGCCUAGUGCCUGUGGACUACUGCGCCAACGUGACAAUUGCCUGUGCCUGGAAAACCAUCAAGGAAAAUCAAGAGGGCAGGAGGCAGAAGGAACCGACAAUCUACCAUCUAUCCGUCGACGAGGGGAACAAGCUCAGUCACCGAGACUUCAUUCAGUACGCGCUCGAUGGCCGGAAACAGUGUCCGUUGACCAAGAUGAUCUGGUAUCCGUUCAUCGUCUGCCUGUCCAGCACCUGGCUUUUCCCUAUAGCGGCCUUUUUUCUGCACAUCGUUCCCGGUUUUUUCUUUGACUUUGCACUCCGACUAAGUGGCCGAAAACCUCGACUUUUGAACACAUACAGGAAGGUUCACAAGACGCUUAGUGUCCUAGGACCAUUCUCGAAAAACUCCUGGGUGUUUGAUAUGCGCAACACCGAUCAUCUACGUCAUCUGAUGUCGGAGGAGGACCGCAGGAUGUUCGCCUUCGACAUGGAUAGGCUGGACUGGCAGGGGUACUUUAGGAACGCCCUCCUCGGAAUGCGACUCUAUUUGGGAAAGGAAGCCCCGACUCCCUUGUCCCUAUCCAAAGGACUUCAGUUAAUAGAACGACUCAGGAUAAUCCAUUUUUGUCUGAUGAUCCUUCUUUGCUGGAUAGCCGGAUUUUUUUUAUUUUGGCUGACGAAACUUUUAGUUAAAUUUUAAUAAAUUUUCUUAAUAAACAAUAAAACUCUUAUAAAUAUUUUA